GCAGAACCCCAUCACUACAACAGCAACCACCAUUACCACCCCCACAACUACCACCCCCAGACCCUGUGGCCCCGUCUUCCUUCACCCACAAGUCCCAACCCGCCAAACGAUGAUCCGGGUCUGGUCCUUGGGGUAUCUGCACCCAUCAUGAUGGCUCCCGAGUCCGACGACUCCCCUUUGGCCUCCACUGGCCUGGCCUUUGGCCCCGACGACAUCACUCUCCCCGAAGACCUCGACACCCACAGCCCCGCCAGCUCGCGUGAUCCCGGCAGUGUCAUCGCACCUGGCGAUUCCAAUUUCUUGCAGGAAUCUGGGAACGAUUCGCAUCGAGAUGAUCCCCCCGGGGAUUCCGCACUCAACCCGGACGCACAACAGAGUGAAAAACCCGCAUGGAGCGAGAUGAAGACCAAGGCCGGGAAGGAGCGCAAGCGCUUACCUCUGGCCUGUAUCGCCUGCCGACGUAAAAAGAUCCGAUGCUCCGGCGAGAAGCCCGCCUGCAAGCAUUGUUCGCGCUCCCGGAUUCCCUGCGUCUACAAGGUUACCACGAGGAAAGCGGCCCCCCGCACCGACUACAUGGCGAUGCUCGACAAGCGGCUGAAGCGCAUGGAGGACCGGGUGAUCAAGACCAUCCCGAAGGAAGAAACGAGAGACAUGGCUGCGAUUGGUCGGUCGGUGGUCCGGCCCCCGCAGCCGGGACAGACCUCGAAAGCGCAGAAGAAGCGCACGGCGGAGGAAGCCUUCGCGGCGGAACUGGAUGAAUGGGGCCGGGGCAGUCGCGAAGGGCCGCAGGACACCUUUCCGAUGCGCCGGGAGAGUAAGCCCGGCGAUGCCUCGGGUCUGAUGACGGAGGGGGCCGAGUUCCUGCCCUCGUUGGAGAUUCAAGAACAUCUGGCGGAGGUAUUCUUCGACUGCGUCUAUGGCCAAUCCUAUCUACUGCUUCACAAACCCAGCUUCAUGCGAAGGCUCAAGGCGAGGACGGUACCGCCCGUACUCAUCCUAGCGGUCUGUGCCGUCUCGGCGCGGUUUUCGACGCACCCGCAGAUCAACUCCGAGCCGCCCUUCUUGCGCGGUGAGAACUGGGCGAACCCCGCCGCGGCGAUCGCCUUGAGCCGCCAUGACGAACCAAAUAUUACCAUCCUGACGGUAUUCUUGUUAUUGGGGCUUCACGAAUUUGGUACCUGUCAUGGCGGCCGGAGUUGGUCGUUUGGCGGGCAAGCACUGCGCAUGGCUUACGCUCUACAAUUGCACCGGGAGCUCGAAUAUGACCCUCUACUUGUUCAGAAAAAUGGGAAUGGCUCCCAGCAGCUCAGCUUCACUGACCGUGAGAUCCGAAGACGAACGAUGUGGGCUUGCUUUCUAAUGGAUCGAUAUAACUCCUCUGGGAGCCAGCGCCCGCCCAUUGGUAACGAGAAAUUCUUGCAAAUCCAGCUCCCGAUCAAAGAGACGCAUUUCCAGAUGGAGAUCCCAGGACCAACCGAAGAUCUGGACGGCGUUGUUUUGAACCCAGUACCCGACGAUGUGGGCCAAUUAUCCAACGCUCGAGACAAUAUGGGAGUAUCGGCUUACAUUAUCCGUGCUGUUGUCAUCUGGGGACGCAUAGUCGACUAUCUGAACCUAGGAGGUAAACGAAGAGACACACAACCGCUGUGGUCGCCUGAAUCUGGCUACAUGCGCCUCAAGCGACAGAUCGAGGAAUUUUCCGCAUCACUCCCCAGCCAUCUCUCUUUCAAUUAUGAAAAUCUUCAGAUCCACGCAGCCGAUCGGAUUGCGAACCAGUUUCUCUUUCUGCAUAUCAUUAUUCACCAAAACAUGCUGUUCCUGAACCAGUUCGCCAUUCCACUAUCCCCAGGCGGGCGACCACCGCGGGACAUGCCCAAGGUCUUCCUGAGCAAUGCUGGCCGUGCCGCAGUAGAAGCAGCUCAUCAUAUCUCCGUGCUGAUUGACCGUGCUUCGGCCUAUCCUCUGACAGUUCCGUUUGCCGGAUACUGUGCAUAUUCCGCCAGUACGGUUCAUAUCUGGGGAAUCUUCUCCAAGAACGCACAGCUGGAAGCACGGUCCAAGGAGAACCUACGUCACACAUAUCGUUACCUCAACAAGAUGAAGAAAUACUGGGGUAUGUUCCAUUAUAUGGUCGAGAGCGCCAAGGAUCGGUAUCGACAAUUUGCAGACGCUGCUAUCAAAGGUACUGUAUUGACGCAGAACGGUGGGCAGAUCACCCCCAUGUUCCAGUAUGGCGACUGGUUCGAUAAGUACCCUCAUGGCAUGUCGAGAUCUCACUGGGAGGAGCCCGACCCGAAGGCGAAGUCAAAGAACGACGAAGGAGUAAUGAGCCAAAGACCCGACCUUCAAAGCGUCGAAGAGUUCUUCGCCAGCCUGUCCCCCACUCCACAACCCACUAUGCCACGCCGAUCCUCGAAGAGAAGCGGCAAAAGCGACAGUGUCGCCGGCUUUGACCAAGCCACACCGCCACAGUCAGUGGGUGAGGUGACUAUGGAGGGUGCACCGGGAAUGCUAGGCACCACUGGAACAGGCUUCCCUCAACCCGCCAUGUUUAAUAACCGCAAUGGACAACCGCCGUUCGGUCAAUCCACGUUUGACUUUCCAAUGCCGGCUGCUGAUCAGCUCCCACAGCUUGAUCGGCAAUUUGUGUAUGGCUCGUUCAGCGAUUUUGAUCCUGCUGCCGCGGCAUUUGUGCCUCCUGUGCCUGAGAAGCCAGCUAUGCCCCCGGUGCCACCUGACAUGCCUCCUACCCAGGACCCGACUUCUACUAUCUUCACCGGGCAGAUAGACCCCAACGCGCCGUCCGGCGCAGGGGAAUACUAUCAACCAAGUGCCUGGUUCCUUCCAUUCAACCUCGAUCCGGUCGGUGCCGGAGCAGGGGUCAACCUCGACCCAGCAGCACAGCCAGGGGGGCCGACCAGCAAUCCUGUUGGCGGACCUGAUCUCUCUGGCUUCGGGGGUGCAGGUGCUAUGUCCAUGGGUGCGUACGACAUGGGACUGGGGACGAAUCGCGGCUCGCAUGCCUGAUCAUCUGGCAUGCCGUGUGGCAUCUUUCUUUCUGACUCGUGCAAUUGGCCCUUGAUAAUUUUUACUUUUCAUCUUCGUACAUUGGCGACUGAUUGUUCCUUUGGUUGAACCGGCGGUUUUGUGUAUUCGGGAAGGAAAGAACCGGAGUUAAAGUGCCAUGAGUUAAGGAUGGCUGGUUGCAUGGUGGAGGUGAUGCUUUUAUGCCCCGUCACUCUGAAAUGUAUUAUGUAGGUGCUAUAUACCAGGAAAUAUACUCGCG